UCUAGAAUCUUUGAUUUCUACCCUUUGUGUGGGCUAACCUCCUCAAGUAACGUUACGCCUGCGAGGAACACCGCGUGUUCCAGCUUUGGAAUGGAUUCACGGCAUGUGCUUGAAGAAAAGCACUGGAAUGACACAGAAAAGGUUAUUAAAAAUGUCAGCGCCAGAACAUAACACAUAUGAAAUAUUCUGCAUCAAGCAGCAGAGUAGAUGCAAAGACUUCCACGGACAGAGGGUUGCUAGACCAGACUUCAGAAGGUGACCUUGCCCAGUGAGCCUUGACUGGUGAAAGGUUUACAGCGAAACUGGAUUACAACUUCUUAAGAGCAGGGAAUCCCACUCACUGCCACAACUGCCCAUGUUCCCUCCAUAUCCUGAAUGACCACUUAACCUACUGACUGGUGUCUGAAGCUUAAUGCUCUACUACAGGUUUAUGCGGACGGUGCUGACGAGAACCGCUGCCGACGCUGCGCUGGCUAGGCAGUGAGUGGUCAGCUCAGCUCAGCGGCGCUCGGAGAGCAGUGCCAGGAGGGUUGUGCUGAGACUGCUGAGACGACUGCUACUGCUGCUGCUGCUGCUGCUGCUACUGCUGCAUGACUGAGGAGUGGGAGAGGAAAGAUUACCACUCAUCCCCAUGCCCUCCCCAAACACAUCCAGACACAAGGCAGACAGGGCCAGUUAGCAUCUUCAGUGUGAGCUUGGACCGAUGUCUGGUUUAGCUGUAAGACCGUACCCUUGUGUUCCAUGACAAAGGAAGGGAAAAACUCAAAACAGACUUUACUCUAAGUCCAAGAUUACACACAUAAAGUCGGCUCUGCUCUGUUAGAUGUUCUCCUGGUCGUCUGUGUUCUCCGCGGGACCGCAGGUCCCCGACCGGCCCCCUCCUGAGGAGCUGGUGACGCGGAUGCUCAUGCUGGAGCUGACGGCGCUGCUCAAGCACACGGAGAAGCAGCAUCAGGACCGCGUGGCCGCGGCGCAGCGCCGACGCAGCUCCUGCGUGGACUACAGCUGGCUCGCCACGCCAAGGAGGCCGUCUUUCCAGCUCCCCACCAGAGAGUUCCUGGAGUUGGAGGAGCUCUGCUCAAAGAUCCCUCCCUCCCAGUGUGGGCCGGUGAUUCUCAGGGUGCGUAACCUCGUGACCGAGUUCGAGCCGGAGGUCGGCGAAGUCUCGCACCUCUUCCGCUCUGUGCUGUGUGCCUGCCUGGACGAGGAGGAGCUGAGGGUCGAGACAGACGGCCCCAACCUCAGGGAACGCGCCCAGCUCUGGCGACGGCAGCACAGUCGGAGCCUGUCGCUCAUCGCCCUGCCCUCUAGCCUCCGAAUCCACCCGCUCUGGAACCCCUUCAAGCCUGGAGGAGACGACCGCACCCCGGAAGUGGAGGAGGAUGGAAGAGGUGGUGUCGCGAGGCCCAUCAGAGCGAGGAGUCUGCCGCAGAUUAGUGUAACAGAGCACAGCGCACCAAACUGAGACUGGGGGACAAAAGGCCGGUGAAGCAUCAACACAGGAGGAUGACUUGACACACUAUGGAUGACUGACUGACUGGCGCGCACACACACACACACACACACACACAAAGAUUUUCACCAUUAUCACAAGUUCAUUGAAGUCCAUCAUACAAGGUAUGGAUACCAAAAAACUGUAUGUUACUUGUGUAUGUCGAGUAAUUUUGAGUACACUUGUUUUUGUUUUACAGCAAUAUCUUUAUUUGGUUGAAAAUAUUCUGGCAGUAGACUGCUUUGUGCAUAAUGCUGUAAUUAUGAUAUCAGAAGUAAUAUAAGAACAGCUUCACAUUUAUUUCAAAAUUGAGCAUAAUGUCACUUAUUUAUUAUCAUUUACAAUAUGUAAAGUUGGAUUUCAUUUUUAAAAAGUACAAGUUCUCAGCCUCUCAGGGUUCUCUUCUGACCCAUUCAUUCUCUAUGACACACUGUCCUUUUGCACACCGAGACCUUGAUGACUGACACUUCCUUUCCAAUGACAAUACAUUAAAGACGCACACUGACCGAUACUCUGAUUUGCUGGUCCUAACCAGAGGCUGAUACAAGCUGUAGAAAGCUUCAGAAAAUAUUACAGGAAUGACAAAUUGUAGAUAAAAGCAGUUUUCAAAUGUCAUUAGUCAACACACACACACAUUCUUACACAUACUCACAGACUUGACAUUUGACUCAACAACAGAACUUACAGCAAACCAUCCCCCUGACCUCACGUCUCCCAGGGGGACAGGGGGGAGAAGAGACCAGUAUGUCACGCAGCCCCUUCAGCCUCUAAUUGUAGAAUAAAUGCCUGCCAAAUGCACAGUGGCUAGUGUGCUGCACUCACUGUUGACAAACAUUUCCCACGCUGUAAUCAAACAGAGUUUGCAUCUGUGCCCUAAUAACCCUAAUCUUGCUGAGUGAGUGAGCAUGACUUAGAGAGUUAAUACAGAGGGAUCAGUAACAGCCUUGGUAAUGUUAAACCAUGAUAGUCCUACUUGGAACACAGGCAGUUUUUAACACUUGUUAGAAAUGGAGAUGGUCUAAAUGAAACUGGAAAAAAACAAUAAAAUAAAAUAAAAUUAA